UUUUUCCAAUCAACAGCAAGAUUCAUCCUUGCGAUAUGUUUUCAUAGCCUCUGCCAUGAUGGUCAUAUGGAGGCUCUGAGUGCGAUAUCGUAUCGAACUUAUAGUAUUUGCUUUAUUGAUAUGAAGGCUCUAGUAGAGGGCAAUCAGGCCAGGGAUAUGCUCGCGUCACUUUCGUAGAGUGGUAAUUGACGAGGCUAAAUGCAGCUGCCGGGAUAUAUCUCAUCUACACGGAGCGUAGCCUCCUUCGCGGUGAUAAAAUAACGCGGGGUACGCCUUUCUUAUCAAUACUUUAUAACCAUAGGAAGGAUUGCCCUAGCGUUCCUUGCCAUCCACGACAUGGUAUCCCUAAAGCAUCUCACACUCACCGCUUUGGCAGCAACCACCAGCGCGCAAACUGCCAACAGCACAAUCCGCUACAUGCCCUUCGGCGACAGCAUAACAGAGAUAAUCUGCUGGCGCGCCAAACUCUGGAAUAAACUCCAAUCUACAGAAUGGGGGACAUCUGCCGUAAACUUCGUCGGCAGCGGGAAAACGGAGAAUAGCUGCAAGGACACCAAAUACGACCGCGAUAACGAGGGCCACAGCGGUUUUCUCGCCGUCGAUAUAGCGAGUAAAAAUCAGCUUGAUGGGUGGCUGAAGACGAAUCCGGCGGAUGUGGUUACGAUGCAUUUGGGCACGAAUGAUAUCGUUCGGGGGAAGAAGUCUGUCGUGGAGAUUCUCGGAGCGUUUACAAAGUUAAUCGCGACGAUGAGGGCGCAUAAUGCUGGGAUGAAGAUUGUUGUCGCGCAAAUCAUCCCCAUGGGCCAAGCGUCUUAUAAUCCUCAGAUCCAGGCCCUUAACACAGCUAUUAUACCUUGGGCCCAGGGCCUGAAUACCACCGCAUCGCCUAUCUGGGUCGUCGAUCAGUAUACGGGGUUCAGCGGGACGGCGGAUCUGCGUGAUGGCGUGCAUCCGAAUGACGCUGGGGAUGUCAAGAUGGCGAAUGUGUGGUUUCCGGCUGUUGUGAGGGCGUUUGAGGCGGCGAGGGCGGAGAAGGGCGGGCGUGCGGUUAGGUUUACUGCUUAGAAUGAAGGGGGGUGGAUAUAGCAAGCAAUUCUCUGCUAUACCUUUUUUUGUACUGCUGAGCUCUUGGUGCGCCUCGGAUUUGACUUCCCUUUUUCUCUCGGUCGACAGGGUGCGUUUGAUAUUUCUGUGGCAGUGUAUGUUUCACAUUAGAGUGCCGGGCGUGUCUCCGCGUUUGCGAGUAUGAUGGAGAAAGAGUCAAUUGAGGAAAUAGAGUGCAAGGUGGGAC